CUCAUGUCUGAACUGCCUCCAUGCUCGCAGGGAAAGGGAAAAGUCAGGGGAGAAAACAGCAGGAGGAGGGGAACAGACGCGGUGCUCUCUUCUCACUGGGGAAGGAUUCUGUCCAUCGUUUGGUAGGAAAGCUAAUCAAAGGGAUUUGGCAAUGCCUGCAGAGGUGAAAGAGGAGCAGAUCCCAGAGGAGCCCUCGUCUCUGUCGGCUAUAACCCUGGAGACCAAGGAAUCACAUGGGGAGCCUGCAGACAAUGACCUGAACACACCCACCUCCAACUCCUCUGUUGUCACCUCCACCAAUGGCAGCUCCACUGCAGAGGCAGAGGCACCACAACACACAGAGGACCCCAAGGCUGUGGAACUGGCGAAUGAUCAGGCAGACACUCCGAACACCCCAGACACACCCACCCCACAGCUUCCCCCAGCCUCACAGCAUCCCCCGGUUACCCAGGUUCCCAUGUGUCCAGACAACCAAUCUCUGCAGCCCUGCCCCCUGACCAACGUCCAACACUCCUCUGAGUACCUCACCCCCCUUAUCACAACCACUGCUACCAUCACCACUCUCCCCCCUCCCUACAACAACACAGACCGUGAUCCCAACACAGAGAUCCCUGAGAGGCAGAACAGCAUCUACACCCUCCCCGACCCUCCCUUUCCUGGCCUUGGAAGUGAUAUGUGUUCUGGGUAUGGCAGCCUGUCUCGAGGAGGUGUCCACCAUAGCUCCCUCCACACCUACUGGCCCUCCAGGAACUACCAGACCCAGCCCGGAGGCCACUACACCCUGCCCCUACCCAGGGACAACUACGGCCAGGUGGGCCUGACUAACCAGACCGAAGGGGAAGGACCAGGGGACGCCCAGGAUGUAAAGGCUGACUACCCCACCUCCAGCUACGCCACCCUGGGGGGAAUCCACUAUCUCAGACCCAUCACUACCAUGGAGCUCCUGAUGGAGCCGUCCAGAACCAGGUCCAUCUCUUGUCCUUGUCUCAGCCCCCCCCCACUUAACCUCUCCUUCACUCUCUAUUUCUCCAGAGGGGGAUACGAGGAGGCCCUCAUGUCCCAGGUGGACGGAGACCCCACCUCCUUCUUCCAGGCCAUGUCCAGGGCCCAGAUGCUACAGUUCCCCCACAAGCGCUGCAGCAUGGUCAGCCUGGACAGCAUCCGUAAGGACCCCCGCUGGAGGGACCCCAACCUGAGGGAGGUCAUCACCAUGCUCAGCCACCCCAUGGACCCGGUCAAGUCCAACGCCGCCGCCUACUUGCAGCACCUGUGCUACGAGAACGACCACAUGAAGCAGGACGUCAGGCAGCUGAAGGGGGUUCCAGUACUGGUGGGCCUCCUGGACCACCCUAAAGCCGAGGUCCACCGCAAGGCCUGUGGAGCCCUGAGGAACAUCUCCUACGGGAAAGACCACCACAACAAGGUGGCCAUCAAGGACUGUGACGGUAUCCCCGCCCUGGUCAGACUGCUGAGAAAGUCCAGUAACAUGGAGGUCAGAGAGCUGGUCACAGGGACCCUGUGGAACCUCUCCUCCCAUGAGCCUCUGAAGAUGAUGAUCAUCAACCACGGGCUCCAGACACUGACUGAUGAGGUCAUCAUCCCCCACUCUGGCUGGAGGAGAGACCCUACUGAGCACUCCAGACCCCAGGAGACAGAGUGGACCACCGUGUUCAAGAACACCUCAGGAUGUCUCAGGAAUGUGAGCUCAGAUGGAGCAGAGGCUCGGCAGAGACUGAGGGAGUGUGAGGGGCUGGUGGACGCACUCCUCCAUGCCCUUCAGUCAGCUGUCGCACACAAGGAGACCGACAAUAAGUCGGUAGAGAACUGUGUCUGCAUCCUGAGAAACCUCUCCUACCACGUCCACAAAGAGGUGCCGGGGGCGGAGAGAUUUCACGAACCCGUGGCCAAUCAGGUGCCAGGGUUAGGAGGGAACCAGAAGAAAAAGAAGGAGGCAGACUGUUUUGGAGGGAAGAAGCCAAAGGAGGAGUGGUUCAGUCAAAGCUGGAGAAAUGGACCAAGUGAUAAAAAAUAUGGUACUCUGGAUUUACCCAAACGCACAGAACCAAUGAAAGGUCUGGAGCUGCUUUACCAGCCAGAGGUUGUGAGGCUGUACCUGUCUCUCCUCACUUGCAGUCAGAACCACAACACCCUGGAGGCAGCAGCCGGAGCGCUGCAGAACCUCGCUGCAGGACACUGGGCUUGGUCCAGUUACAUUCGGGCCACAGUGAGGAAGGAGAAAGGUCUGCCUGUCCUGGUGGAGCUACUGCGUUCAGAUGGUGAUAAAGUGGUCCAUGCUGUAGCUAUUGCUCUCCGCAACCUGGCCAUAGAUCGCCGCAACAAAGACCUCAUAGGGAGUUAUGCCAUGAGGGACCUGGUCAGUAACCUGCCCUGUGGUCAACAGAGGCCAGCCAAGAACCUGGAAGGGGACACAGUGGUGGCCAUUCUGAACACUAUCCAUGAGAUCAUCUCAGACAGCCCUGAGAACGCCCGAGGUCUCAUACAGGGCCACGCCAUCCAGAAACUGGUAGCCAUCAACAAGACAAGCCAAUCUGGGCGAGAGACCAAAGCAGCAUCUCAUGUCCUGCAGACAGUGUGGGCUUACAAGGACCUAAGAAACAGUCUCUACAAGGGAGGCUGGAACAAGAGCCACUUUAAGCCAACAACUAGUGGAAUGCCCAAAAAACCCAAGAGCGGAAAGUCAGGCUAUGAUGACAUCACACUGCCUCUGAUGGAGAAAAAUCAAGUCUUCCCCACAGACGGAUACUCCACUGUGGAGCAGGGGGACAGAGUGGGUGAUGGGCCAGGCCACAUGAUGGAGAGAGAGCCUCUCCAGAGUAUCCCAGAGAGGAAGCACUUCAUCCGGGCUGGAAGGCCUGCAGUGGGCCUGGUGGAGCGCAAACCUCCACCCCUCGACUCCUGGGUCUGAGACUGGUAGAUGGGAUUGUAGUGCAGGAGAUGUGCUGGUAAAAGAGGAAGUGAAACGUCAACAUUUGUGGAGGUCAUUGUGGUGUUUAUCCUUUAGAUGGACAUUCUGUUGGUCAACUCACCAUUUAGGACAACAUGGUUUAUUCUCCCUCCCAGUAAAUAACAAUAGAGUGAAUAUGGACUGGCAUUUACAUUUUCGAUGUGAAACUCUGAUUGGUGUUGAUCAGAGCCUCUCCUACUUAGAAGAUAAAUAAACGUGCACAUACUGGACAGCGGGAUGAGUGGAGUGACACAGCUGAAUGUAGGCCAGGAAGUUAGGAUUUGUCAAAACAUUUUGGUUUUAUUUACCUGACCUGCCCUACUCUAGAAUUAACAUGUUGUAUUGUUUUACUCCUGCAAGGUGUGCAUCCGUUUUAUGUGAGAGACUAGUUGGAAAUGGGAUUGUACAUGUGUAAUAAAAUAUUGUUAAUAUUCUAAAUUAAGGCAUUUAUAUUGUAAUAUUCAAGUUAUUUAUUAACAGUUGUGAACGUUAUCUUGUCACCACAAAUUCAAUGGAUACCUCCAUAUAAUAAUAUACUAAGUAAUAGUGCCAUUUAUUAAGGAGCUGACUCGAUGACUUUGCUUUAUGCAGUGUUUGUUCUUGCAUCGCGAUGUUAAAUUGAUAAUGUUAGCAAAUAAAAUCCAUAA